UUCAGUUCUGGUUUGUGUCCAAGCCUUGUUGAGUUCUUCCUGCACUCUAACCUAGUUAUCCCCUUUCACUCAUCAAAGUCUCAAUCUUUGAGCUCAACAUCUCUUCUUCCUUCAUCUUCCUGAUCUGGGUCUUUGCUUUCUCUAUCUUAGAUCAAAAUUUUCUACCACUUUUUACCUUUCUGUUAUGCCUCACUUCAUAGCCAUUCACAGAAAAGCCAUACCUUUCAUCUGGGUAUGCUCGGUUUCUAUAUCUGCAUAAUCAGAACCUUUUUGUUUGUGUAAAAUGGGUUGCUUUUGAUAUGCAGAGAAGUGUUACAAGGUACAAGAUUUCUUAUUAGAGAUACUUAGUACACUUUGUCAACAUUGUCAUUUUAACUAUGGGUAGAGGCAGAGGGAAAGGGAAGAAGGACACUGUUAUUGUUGAGCCAGAGGAUCCUAGAAAUGGCGAAGAGGAGAAACUUCCAGCUUUCAGAAGAAGAGGUAGACCAAUAAAGCCGCUGAUGGAUGAUGUUGAAGAAGUAGAAGCAACUGAAAAUAUAGAGAAAGAUGAGGAGAUUGUGAUUGGUAACGAAAAUGGUUCAACAAAGGAUUUGAAAACUCAGGUUAUCACAGUAAACAAAAGGAAAAGAAAGAGGUCUGUACAGACUAAAGAAAAGAAGGAUCUGGCGAAGGAGGAGAAUGGCAACCAAGUAAAGCCGAACCCAGAUGAUUCUGUAAAGCCUGCUGGAUUUCGGCAUAACGGGAGCAGGCGCAAAAACAAGCCUUGCCGCGCUGCUGAAGCUGGUGUAGACUGCAAGUAAGGUUGACAUUCUGGUUUUUAAGGCCGAAGAAUUGCUGGAAACUUGUUAUUACAAGACACAGUCCAUUGGCUGUGUAAGACUUGUUGUGGUUGCUUAUUGUCAUUCUUUUUUUCUUUUUGAACAACUCUAUUUGCUAUUUUCAGAAAACUGGCAAAAUCUUAAUUUUUCGGAUUCAUAAUGGACUAUGUUUCUUGUAGUUAUAGAGCUACUAUCACUAAAAGGAACUAUGGAAUUUUGUAGAUAUUCUUUAAUCAUAAGUUGAAUUUUCCUGUUUA